AUGUCCAAAUCUUACAUCAUCAAGUUGAAGGACGGUGUUGAUUCCACUGAAGUUAAGGAAUCCAUUUACGACCUGGGAGGCGAAGUCAACCACGACUUUCCUCUUAUUAACGGUUUCAGUGUGACUAUCCCUGAGCCAGAUGGACUUCAUAUUGAGAGUAUUAAAUCGAAACAUACCGACGCAAUUGAACUAAUCGAGGAGGAUCAAGAGGUACACCACAUGGGAGCAUAA